AUGUCCAGUCACGGUCCUUUAGUAGAUUUAAAAAUUGGUAACGAUGGCAUAUCUUUAAUGACGCUACAGAGACCUCCAGUAAAUAUUAUGAAUCUCAACCUGUUACACGAAAUGAACCAAGCACUUGAUGAAAUUGAGAAAAACAAAUGUAAAGGAUUAAUAAUAUCUUCAGCAUUGCCAACUGUGUUUUCAGCUGGGUUAGAUAUUUCAGAAUUAUAUAAACCUGACUUAAAAAGAACAGAAGAGUUUUAUCGUUUAUUACUAGAAGCGUAUUUAAAAAUAUUUGAUUCCAAGUUUAUUACUACCGCAGCAAUCAAUGGCCAUGCGUUAGCUGGUGGCUGUCUUCUUGCUAUCGCAACUGAAUACAGGGUCAUGGUAAACGGAGAGUAUAAAAUUGGGUUUAAUGAAGCGGCAUUUGGAAUGACAGUACCAAACUGGGUGAUGGAUGCGUUAUGCCACAUCUUGCCUGUGAAAAAGGCUGAAUACAUUCUUACAACCGCUCAACAAUUUACAGCUGAUGAAGCUCUAAAGGUAGGCCUUAUUGACGAAACAGCGACUGAUAAAUUAGAUGUCAUAGACAAAUGUAAAAGCUUUAUAAGAAGAUUUAAUGACAUCCCCUACUCAACCCGCUCACUUACAAAACAGAGAAUAAGAGAGGGAAUCGUCGGAAGAUUUAAGAAGAGAAGAGAAAUAGAAGUCAAAGAAUAUCUGACUUAUGUCAGCGAUCCCCAAAUCCAACAAUCACUUGAAUUGUAUAUUAAAGCUUUGAAGAAUAAAAAUUCUACU